UCCGCUUCUCUAUCUUCCUCUGUCUGCACUAUCUUCGUCUGAUCUCGUCCCCAGGCCCUCUCCUUGCGCCCCUCCCUCUCUGGGUCACUUCUUCUUCCUCUCACUCCCUCCAGCCUCGCCGCACAGCCCAGCUGCGCUCGAGUUCUGUACAGAUUCUCGGAACAACCGGCUCGAUAUUCAAUUUCGUUACGAAAUUCAUUCCUCGUGGAAUUCGCUGCAGCGGAAGAGGUCAUCGGUGGUAGAGGUGAACAAGAAAGUAGAAGGGUUUUGAAGCACAGGGCACGAGGAGCAGGGCGCGAUGGCUCUGGCAGUGCAAGGUGUGGCGCAGGGAGCCGUGCUCAGUGGAUUUAGCUGCACUAGAAGUGCUGCUGCUGGUUAUGGCUCCUCGGCGGUGUUCGUUGCGUCCCCUGUGGUCAAGAGUGUGGUCAAGAACGCCGGUUUGAGACUGCAGAGGCCUUAUGGAGCGGUUUUGUCUGUUAAGGCCGUAGCAAUGCAGGAUUACUUGACAGGAACAGUCGAGGAAGAGGAUUCCGAUGGUAUCGAUGAGAUGAUGGGACUAGGUCAGAGAGAGCUCCGCGAAUAUCCCCCUGGCUUGCAACGAUACGAGACCAUGGCCGUGCUUCGCCCUGACAUUUCGGAGGAGCAGCGCCUGGAGCUCACCCAGCGUUAUGAGGAGGCGAUCAUUGCUGGCGGAGGUUUGGACGUGGAAAUGUUCAACAGAGGAAUGCAGCCCCUGGCCUACAACAUUAAGACCAAAAAUAUGGGUGGUGCGUCGAACAGGUAUCUGGAUGGAAUCUAUUUGCUGUUCACUUACGUCACAAAGCCAGAGAGUCAAUCGGCGCUCCAAAAGAAGUUGAAUGCUGACGAUGACAUUAUCCGAUCUACUACAUUCAGGCUGAAGGUCUAAGUUGUGAAUCUUGUCACUAGGAGAGAAUUCAUUUGAAUUUUUGUAAAGAGUAGGUGGUUUCAUCAAAGCUCUUUCCAGCCAACUGGAAGAAGAGUCAAAUUUUCUUGUAAUCCUUACUUCAGGGGUUUGUGACCACUUAUUUUUUUACUUGUCAUUCUUCUGUCUCGUCAGUUCUAGUCACGUUUUGUUCUAGGUCCGUUAGCAUGUGCUCCAAUUUAUGAAGGUGGUGACUACUUUCCUGAAAGUGAAGAUUGAAGAGGAUUGUAUUGUAAGAGUUGGUGAAAAUAAAACUACAAAUGUUAUAAUAA